AAAUUAAUGAGAGGUUGAUUAGAUAAAAUAGGUCUAAAGGGUGUGUAUAUAUUCAUUUACCGUGUAUAAAAUUGUUUAAAACGUCUCAAGGAUUUUUUGAGAAAAAAAUCAUUCCAAUAAGUUAAACAAGAGAUAUGACGAAACUGUUAGGACAUUGGAAACUUGUCAGUAGUGAUGACAAAUGGGACGACUAUAUGAAAAUGAUGGGUGUCAAUAUAAUACUACGAAAAGUAGGAAACAGUAUUACUAGCUGCGAAGAAAUCAAACAGACCGAUGAAUUAUGGGAACUUCUAAUAACAUCUACAUUUAAGAAUGCUCAUCUUAAAUUCAAACUUGGAGAAGAGUUCGACGAAACAACCUUGGAUGGCAGAAAAUGCAAGUCAACGUUUGCCGUGGAAGGAGAUGAUCUUGUACAUUACCAAAAAGGUUUAAAACCAGGCGAAGUGGAAUCGAAAAUAACACGGAAACGUGUGGAUGAUGAUACUAUGACAAUCACUCUGGAAGCAUUAGGAAAAAAACUUACCACAGUUCGAACAUUUAAACGAUAUACACCAUAAUAUAUAACUGAAUAAACAUCUAGCUUUUUCCA